ACCCUCUCUCAUUACACACUGCUUUUUUUUAUUUUUUUAACUAAUAUCUAAAUCCAAAUCCAACCUUGGAUUAACAUCUUGUUUCAACAACACCACCACCUUCUUUGCAAUUCCAUUUAUUUUGUUGUUGUUGUUGUUGUUUAUCAUCAUUACAAUUUUCAGGUUCACAGGUUUGACUUUAAGGAGCUUGGGAGAAAACUCUUGCUCCUUAUCAUAAGUUGCUUGGAAGAUAGCAGAGGAUUCUGAAUCCUACUUGGGUUUAUUGAAUUUUCAAUGGGAGGUGCAGUUGGAAGGGCUGAUUCUGUUGGUUGGAUUCCGGAAACCAAAAUUGAGGCUAAAAUGGUUGAAGCAUUGCAAAAGAGGGAAUCUAAAGGAUGUUCGGUGAAAUCGUUCAACACUAUAAUCUUGAAAUUCCCAAAAAUUGAUCAAAGCUUUAGAAAAUGCAAAGCCAUAUUUGAGCAGUUUGAUGAGGAUUCGAAUGGCGUAAUAGACCGAGAAGAGUUGAAAAAAAGUUUCAGUAAACUGGAAAUUUCUUUUACUGAGGAGGAGUUGAAUGAUCUCUUUGAAGCAUGUGACAUCAAUGAGGAUAUGGGAAUGGAGUUCAAUGAGUUCAUUGUACUUCUUUGCCUUGUCUACCUUCUCGCAGACGAUCCAGCAGCCCUUCACACUAAAUCACGAAUUGGGUUGCCGAAUCUGGAGUCCACAUUCGAGACUUUGGUGGAUGCGUUCGUGUUUUUGGACAAGAACAAGGAUGGUUAUGUCAGCAAAAACGAGAUGAUUGAGGCGAUAAAUGAAGGCGGGGAGCGUUCUUCUGGAAGAAUAGCAAUGAAAAGAUUUGAAGAAAUGGAUUGGGAUCAAAAUGGAAUGGUGAACUUCAAGGAGUUCCUUUUCGCAUUUACAAGGUGGGUCGGAAUUGAGGACGAGGAAGAUGAAGAGGCCUGAAGCUUGCCAUCUCUAAGUGCCUUACACUGCUUCUGUUGCUAAUAGUUGGUAAAAAGAAAAAGUGUUUCAAGCUCCAAAGAAUGGAGGUUUUUCUUGUUUUAGCUUGCAAUAAAGGGCUAGUUGCUACACAUUGAUCUGUAAUGAACCUUCCAUAGAUGAAGUUCAUUGUGUAAAUAGUCAGAAAAUGCAGAACUAUGAGUGCCAUAUUGGAGACGUGUUAAUUAUAUGGUAGAAACUCAGAUACAGUUAUGUUUAUGUAAAAUUGAUAGUUAAAAAUCGUUAAAUAAUUUGACAUAUUUGACUAAAUUAUUAUAUCUAAUGUUUUUCAACUAUCAACUUUACAUAAAAAUAACUGCACAUGAGUUGUUACCUAAUUAUAUUGAUUGCUUCGUUAGUUUUUUUUU